AUGGGAUUCCAAUAUGAGAGUGCAUCUCAUAACAUCAGCAAAUCGAUAUCUGCCACACCUUCGAACAAAAAAGAUAAAAGAUGUUAUAAUUAUAAGGAGAUUAAGGAUUUCUACGAAUUAAUUGCUAAAACAGGCCAUACUGAUAACUGGAGCGACGAAGAUCACCUGUUGUUCUUAAAAAUGAGAAAAAAGUGCAGUAGCAUUCCUGCUCUAGUAACCGCCAUCCGAGUCAAAUGUCCAGAUUUAACAGCAGAAACCAUAGUGAACCAUGAGGCUUGGUACAAGAUUUAUCUGAAUUUACGUGAAAAGCAACGGUCAAGCGUUAAAGAGUGGCGCAAACAAAAAGAAAUGGAGAAGAUGAAGAUGAAAAAUCACGAGGAAACCGAAACUGAAAUUUUAGAACAAAUAUCGCAAGAGAAACGAAAUUUUAAUAUCACAGAAGAGCUUUCAACGUGCAUGACGAAUAAAUACGGUAAUACAAAGAAAAUUAACAAUUUCGUCGAGAUUAAUAAUAAAAAAAAAGAAUUAAUCAGACAGUGGAAAGAGGAGAAAGAAAAUAAGCGUUUAAUAGACGAGGAGCAAUCGAGGAUUCUGAUGAAAGCAAAACUUGCCGCGCAAGAAAAACGUAACAGAGAAAGACUGAAAAGUCUUUGGGAAGUUUUAGCAAAGCAUCGUGAAAGAAAAUCAAUAGAAGUUUCUCCCGAAACUUCAAAAGCUGAUUCAAGAGCGAAAUCAAAGUACAAUCCAAUGUUGAUUAAAGCUUUUAGAAAGCAAGAUGCAGAAUAUACAAAAAAAAGAAAUUUAAUAACAAGACGGAAGUUGGCUAAAAAUCAAAUAAUAAAAAUUGUAAGCUCACAAAUAGUAAAAAAGCGAGAUCACUCGACUCUAUUGAAUUCGACUGAGGUAUGGAGAGAAAAAUGCAGAAUACGCGAUUCUAACCCGAAAGAACCGAAAAAACUGCAAUAUAUUAAGGAUGUUCCUCGUUUAUGUGUCCAAUGGAGAAAUAAGGAAUCGAUAGAAAUCAAGGACGUUUUGACAAUUUCUUGAAGUCGAAAAAUCUCUUCAACAAAAAUUUAUCUAUAUAGGUUGACGAAGAAGGAAAUAAAAAUGCAGACAACAUUGAUAUAUACUUGUGUUUAUUUUUCUUUACGAACGUACCUUUUUGUUUCUUUCAGACAGAUGAACAUAAUAAGUUAUGAGUAAACGAGUGUUGAAUUUAUCCAAAACCACCAUUUCGCACGUAUUCGGUUUUACAAUUACAUUUACCGCAGCUGUAUAUAUGUAUAUUUGUUUCGUCAUA